UCAUUUGCAUUGAAUACGGCUGCUCAUGGCCAAUAGGGCUUCACGCCACAUACGUCACAAUUCCCCCUGCAAAGCAUCGCGGGAUCGGAAUGCGGACAAACAUCGCCUUGGCUGCCAAAAAAUGAAUGUUAUUAAUAGGUGUUUCUGUCGUUUCUUUCCUGCUUUGAUUAUUGAUUCGGCUAUAUUAUUCGGGAACUGUUUCUGUUAAAACAUCGUUCUGAACAUUGUACAUAUAUUUAUAGAACUGUUGGUUAAUAUUACCUACAGUAAUCGGCGAUUGUUUGCGCAAACCUGGACUGCUGCUUUUUAGGCCAUCGAUAUUUUUAGGCCGUCAUGUCAAGUUUGGGCAACCAAAUUAUUUUGACCGAAGAGGAUGUACCUGGUGCCAAACUUUUAAAACCAGCAGUGGACUGUAGCGUUAUUGAAUUGAAGCGAUGGCUUGAGUGUCACGGAGAGAAAAGAACUGGCAAGAAAAGAGAUCUGAUUCAGAGGGUAGAAGGUUGUUUAUCGAUACAGAAAAAAGUGGAUCUGAAAGUUGAUGGUGGAAAAUGGUAUGCAAUGAAAGCUUCGAAACUGAAUUUGAACACUCAAGGAGCAUUGCAAGAUGAAUCAAGUCAAGCUCUAUGCACUGACUGGAAGAUGUUUCCUUCCCAGGAUAUUCCUGCCAUGUAUAACUAUGGGCAUCUGUAUCACUAUCUCGUGGAAUCUCUUCAGAAUGAAUUCCUUGACCUUGCUGAUGAGGACAAGAGUGAUAGUGAAGGAUCAGGAACAGAGAGCAGUGGCACUGCGACUGCCAAGCCAUUAAAAAAGGGCAGAAAUUUAUUAAAGAGCGGUUUUGUGGAGAAUAUUCAAGACAAUGGAAAUUCAAAGGAUUACUUUGCCAGAGCCCAUGUCCACCACUCAAUGAGGAAAGAGUACCCUCUGUCUGUGCAAGUCAAGAUUAGCAAAGGGAGUGGGUUUGUUCAACAUGCAAGCUGCAAUUGCAUUGCCAGAUCUUUGGGAAGAUGUGCUCAUGUUGAUGCUCUCUUAUUAUUCAUCAAUGAUUACUCUUCGGAGCAUGGCCAUAUGGUGCAAGUUCCAAAGACAUCUGAGCCUUGCUCAUGGAAUAGAGGAAAAAAGCGCCAGAAGAACCCCAAGCCUUUACAUGAAGCAGAAUACAAGCCAAGUGAAGUACCAAAGAAAACAAAACUUUAUAAUUGGGACCCUAGGCCAGCAAAGUACCAUGGUAAGGUUGACGAGGUACUACAAAAUACGUUUGUGACCAACUUGCAAAGUUAUAGUGCAGGUGUGGGAGAAAUCUCAAUGUGGGAAACAGUUCUUGCCAUCAAAUAUAGUGAUUUUGAUCUUGAAGAUGCUGACCUCAGUAUCUUGAGAUUACUUGUGCGAAAGUUUAAAGAAAAUUUGCAGGAGCAAAGUGAUAAGCUUUGUGGGGAGCAUGAAUCAUCUUGCCAAGUUCCUGGUACGGAGGAUCAGAGCAAAUCUGAAACAUGGUUUGCAGAGCGCUGGCCAAGAGUAACUGCCUCAAAAUGCCAUUACCUUGUUUCCUUGUGGAAUGCAGUCUUGGCAUUCAAGGUGGAAGCAAAACAACGCUGCUUCAAAUUCCUAUAUGAACGAUUGUGGUUUAAGCAAAACAUCUGUACUGCAGACAUGAAGUAUGGGAUUGAUGCUGAACCAGCAGCUCGAGAUGCAUAUGUUAAAGCUACGGAUAACACAGUAACAGAAACUGGGUUAUGGAUUAACAAAAUGUAUCCUCAUCUUGGUGCAAGCCCAGACGGACUUGUUGUAGAUAAAGAGUCUGGUACUGCAGGAAUUUUGGAAAUUAAAUGUCUAAAACUAUUGAAAACAAGGACAGUUGAGGAAGUAAUUUCUGGUUGGAAAGACUGCACAAUUCCAAAGGAAACCCUUCAGCGUCAGUGCUUCAAACUUGAAAGUGAUGGAUUAAUCCAUUUAAAGCGAAGCCAUGGGUAUUAUUUCCAGAUUCAGUUGCAGCUUCUGGUAACUGGAGGUCAUUUUUGUGAUUUUGUUCUUUUCCCUCAAAAAGGACCUCCAUCAAUUGAGAGAUUCUAUCCAGAAAGUGGCAUCCAGAUGCAAAUCAUCAAAGCAACUUCAGAGUUCUGGGAAAAAGUCUUGGUACCUGAAUAUUUUCUAAUGAAGGUGCCACGUGGACUACUUCCAGUUAUUUUAGAUUGA